GUCGCCAUGGCAGCGGCGGAGGAGAAGGGCUCGUCGCGGACCGUGCUGGUGCGCGGCCUGCCUGCCUCGGCCCGUGGGCCCGACCUGGAGCGGGAGUUCGGGCGGGCAGGGCCGGUGCGGAGGGCGGUGGCGGUCACGGAGCCCGGUGCUGAGUCCUGCCGUGGCUUUGGCUUUGUCACCUUCUCCUUGGCUGAAGAUGCUCAGAGGGCCCUCCGAGAGAUCACCACCUUUGCAGGACGCAAGAUCAGCGCCAUUCUCGCCAAGCCGAAGACAAGGCAGAAAGAGAAGAAGAAAGGCGAUGCUGCAGAGACCCCCCCGAAAGAGCAGAAGCCAAAGAAGACGAGAGGAGCCUCCAAAAAGGCCCGGCUGAUCAUUCGCAACCUGAGCUUUAAGUGCACAGAAGAGGACCUGAAGGCAGCUUUUGCUCCGUUCGGAACUGUCCUGGAAGCCUCUCUCCCCAGGAAGCCAGACGGGAAAAUGCGUGGCUUUGCCUUUGUACAGUUCAAGAACGUCCUGGAAGCUGGGAAGGCUCUGAAGGGGAUGAACAUGAAGGAGAUUAAGGAUCGCCCCGUGGCCGUGGACUGGGCUGUGCCCAGGGAGAAGUACCAAGCGGCGCAGGCUGCAGCCUCCCACCCUGGGACGCCCCAGAAAAAAAAUAUCAAGGCCGUGCAGGAGGACACCGUCAGCGACAAGGAUGACAACAGCAGCUCGGAGGAGGAAGAGGAGGAAGAAGUCGAAAAAGGAAGAGCAGAGGUGGCUGAGCCCGCAGGCCGGGGCAGGUACUUUGAAUGCCGAAUCUCCCCAGCAGAGAACUCGGAGGAGGAGGGGGAGGAGCUGAGAAGCAAGGCGGAGAGCUCAGAGGAGGGGGAGGAGGAGUCUGGCCCCGCAGGGAGUUCCGAUGGAGAAGAGGAGGAAGAUGGCGACGACUCUGAGGAUGGAGGAGGAGACCCUGAGGAGCCUCCCCAGCAGAAGAGGAGGCAGCAGCACCAGUCAGACGUCUCGGAGGGCAGGACCGUCUUCAUCAGGAACCUCUCCUUCGACACAGAAGAGGAGGAGCUGGGGGAGCUGCUGGAGCAGUUUGGGGAGCUGAAGUACGUGCGGAUCGUCCUGCACCCGGACACGGAGCACUCCAAAGGUUGUGCCUUUGCCCAGUUCCUGUUGCAGGAGGCAGCCCAGAAAUGUCUCCAGGCUGCUAAGGAUGAGAGCAAGGGGGCAGGGCUGCAUCUGGGGGGCCGCCGUCUCUGGGUGGAUCUGGCUGUGAGCCGCGAGGAAGCCCAGCAGCUGCGCAGCAAGAAGGCGAAGAAGCCCACCGGCACCCGGAACCUCUACCUGGCGCGGGAAGGCUUGAUCCGUGCGGGCACCAAGGCCGCGGAGGGCGUGAGUGCAGCCGAUUUGGCCAAGAGGGCCUGGUUUGAGGAGCUGAAACACCAGAAGCUGAAGGAUCAGAACAUCUUUGUCUCUCGCACCCGGCUCUGCGUCCACAAUCUUCCCAAGAGCGUCGACGAUGCCCGGCUGCGGAAGCUGAUGCUGCAGGCCCUCGAUGGAACGCCCGGUGUGCGGAUUAAGGAGUGCCGGGUGAUGCGGGACCGGAAGGCCCUUGCUGGGAAGGGAAAGGGCCAGUCCCUGGGCUACGCCUUCGUGGAAUACCAGGAGCACGAACACGCCCUGGCCGCCCUCCGCCGGGUCAACAACAACCCCCAGCUCUUUGGGGACCAGAAGAGGCCCAUCGUGGAGUUCUCCUUGGAGGAUCGACGGAAGCUGAGGCUGAAGGAGCAGCGAGUUCAGCGCAGCCUGGAAAAACUGAGGCAGACGCAGGCCUCCGCGGGGGCUGGUACUGCCAAGGUGGCCCCGGCAGCCAAAGAACAGAAACCAGCCUCAGAUCCCGGGAGUGGGGCACCCGAGGCCUCGCCCAGAAAGCCGGCCAAGAGGCGCAGGGGUGCCCCAGCCCCACAGAGAGGCCCUGCGGGAGGCUCCACCCCCUGGUCCGGAUUCCAGACUCAGGCCGAGGUGGAACACGUGGAGCUGCCCGGAGGCAAGAAGCGCCGGAAAGUCCUGGCCCUUCCCUCCCACCGCGGCCCCAAGAUCAGGUAGGAAAGCGGACAAGGGCAAAGGAAGCUGCCCACUGCCAAGAAGCUGGCGGCUCCAAGCAACCCCCCCAGGCAGGAGAAGCUCCGGGAGGCGCCCCAGAAGGCACCCAAGAAGCAGCAGCGGGCGGGACGCAGCCGAGCCGAGGCCCACUUUGAGCAGCUGGUGGAGCAGUACAAGCGCAAGAUCCUGGGCACCGCCAAGAGCCCGCGGCCCGCCAAGAGGAGCACCAAGUGGUUUGAGAGCUGAGGGGCUCCGAAGAAGGGGGCAGGGUGCCCCCUCCCCUCCCUGGCCAUCUGGAACUGCUCGGGGGGGAGCAGCAGCGGCAGAGACUGUGGGGCUGGGGCCUGCCGUGGGAAAGAAGCCUUGGAGUAUUUCAAUAGAUCUCUCUUUGCUAG